GCAAUGCCCGGGCAGGGCCCCUCAGCGCCGACGGCGGCGGCGGCGGCGGCGGCGCCGGCGGCGCGCGGCGACCAACCGGCCGCCGCACAGAACAAGCCAGCCAAGUGCAAGGCGUGCUGCGCCUGUCCGGAGACCAAGCGCGCCCGGGACGAGUGUAUCGUGCUGAACGGCGAGGAACACUGCCGGCCACUGAUCGAGGCGCACAAACAGUGCAUGCGCGACAUGGGUUUCAACAUCUAGACGGAGGCGGCGGCGGUGUCGUACCACCCGGGCGGCGGUGUCGUACCACCCGGGCGGCGGUGUCGCGCCACCCGGGCGGCGGUGUCGCGCCACCCGGGCGGCGGUGUCGUACCACCCGGGCGGCGGUGUCGCGCCACCCGGGCGGCGGUGUCGUGCCACCCGGGCGGCGGUGUCGCGCCACCCGGGCGGCGGUGUCGCGCCACCCGGGCGGCGGUGUCGCGCCACCCGGGCGGCGGUGUCGCGCCACCCGGGCGGCGGUGUCGUACCACCCGGGCGGCGGUGUCGCGCCACCCGGGCGGCGUGGAUCGGUGGUCGGGGUACAGGGAGCGCAAUGGACGAGUUUUGCCUGUGCGAUAAAGACACAAAUAGUACAUAUGUAUUGAUUGUUGUGCUGUUCAUAUGGUUAACACGAUAAAAAACGACCCCAAGAUGUCUUCGACGACGCAGAAGCACCGCAACUUCGUGGCGGAGCCGAUGGGCGACAAGCCGGUCACUGCUCUGGCUGGCAUCGCCGAAGUCAACGGCAAAAAGCUGGUGGCCAACGAUUCGACAAGGCCUACAUCGUGCUGGGCCAGUUCCUCGUGCUGAAGAAGGACAAGGAGCUGUUCGUGGAGUGGCUGCAGGACCUGAUUGGGUGCAACGUCAAACAGGCCACCGACUGCUGGCAGUGUCUGGACGACUGGUGCGCAGAGCUGUUGUAGCAC